GGUGUUCGGUAAAACGCGAUCAAUUCAAAACGGGGUUGCCGUAAUCGUUUCACACUGCACAUCCAUAUAAAUGGCAAUGUCCCACAAAAUGUUACUCGUACUGCUGGCAGCCACGUGGCUUACGGUGGCCAACUGCAACGUAAUCCUGCGGGACGACGCCGAAAACGAAGUCGAUAGCAACGAUGGUGAAAUCGAUUUGUCGCAUCUGGGGACGGCGAUCUACGGUGCGCCGGAUCCGUCGGUUGGCGAGCGGGUCAGCCAGUACAACCCGGAGACGGAUCUGGUGAACCCGGAGGAGCUUGGAACGUACGCCGGAGGAGACAUGCUGAUAACGAGACCGGCGGGAAGGAACGGUCUGGCCGACAAGAGCAAACUGUGGUCGAAUGGUGUGGUGCCGUUUGUGAUCGAAGGAAAUUUCGACGCCUUCGGCAUGCAGCUGAUUGAAGAUGCUAUGAACAAAUACCAUGCCGAAACAUGCAUCAAGUUCGUUCCCCGCACCAAACAGCAGGAUUACAUUUCGAUCCAGAGCACGAACAGCGGUUGCUGGUCUAGCGUUGGCCGACUUGGGGGCAAACAAGAGGUUAAUCUGCAGAUACCUGGCUGUACGACCAAGGUCGGAACGGUUGCCCAUGAGUUGAUGCACGCCGUUGGUUUCCUUCACGAGCAGAAUCGUGACGAUCGGGAUGACUUCGUCUUGAUUAAGACAGAAAACAUCCAACCAGGUACGGAAAGCAACUUCGUCAAGGCACGCAGCAACUCCGUCAACAGUCAUGGUGUCAGGUAUGACUAUGGCAGCAUAAUGCACUAUUCGGCCAAUGCGUUCUCCGUCAAUGGAAAACCCACAAUCGUCCCAAAAAAAACCGGUGGCAACAAGAUGGGCCAACGAGACGGCUUCUCCAAAGGUGACCUUAGCAAGAUCAACUCGAUGUACGGCUGCAAAGGAACUACCGCCAGCAGUGGCAACGGAACCAAUGCAUCGAAACCCCAACGGCCGGCGAGUGGUAGGCCUAGCAGACCUAGCAGACCAAGUAAACCAGGUGUUACGGGAGCCCAAGUAGUUGGUUUCAUUGGCAAUCUCAUCGGAGCCUUUGGGGAUAACGAAACGUCCAACGCGUUGAGAGAACAAUAAUGGGGACAACCAUAAACAAGUUCAAAUACGAUCAAACAACACAACGAACAAAUCUCGCUUCCUACCUCAUUUUUGUCGCAAUUCACUUUACUUA